CGUAGGCCCCCGCGAUGCUGAAGCUGGUCGCCCUCGCCGCCGGCGCCGCCGCCGCGUGCGUCGACGACGCGUCGUGGACCUUCGACCUCAACGGCGUCGACGGCCAGGCGCUGACGUGCUCGAAGCUCGCGAGGAAGCUAAACAAGGGCGUCCCGGCCGCCAAGGCGCGCCGGCUCGCGGCCAUCGGCCGGUCCGCGUGCCCCGCCGCGACGGGCGCGUGCGCCGGCCCCGCGCGCGGCCUCUCGGAGAGAGGCGCGGCGCGGUGUUACGACGCGGACCGCGAGGAGAUCCCCGCGGCCGUCUGCGCGUGCCACGCGAGCUGCAACGGCUGCGGCUACACGGCGGACCGCAUGCCGACGCGCGCGUCGGACUGCGUCGCGUGCCCCGAGGGCUCGUUCCUCUUCCCGCAGCGCGACGACAUGACGGGCCUCUGCGUCGGCGACUACGCGCCGACGCCCCUCCCGUCCUACGCGCCGAGUGCGCGCCGCGGCUACCUCGACGGCGCGCCGGGCACCUGCGCGGAGACGUGGACCGUGCCGUCGCUGCCCGGCUGCGAGGCGCCGCAAUUUGGCUGCCCGGCGACGGCCUGCGACGGCGAGGACCGGCGGUGGUGCUGCCCGCCGGGCGCCGCCGACUGCGCGACGGAGUGGCGCCACUGCGGCGACGACGCGCCGACGGCGGCGCCGACCUACGGCCCGUCGGCCAAGCCCACGCACCGCCCGUGGUACAAGCCCACGGACCGCCCGGCCUGAGCCGGCCCCGCCCCGCCCCGCCCCCGACGCCCGCCCGUUCGACGCGUCCUACGUUGCAUGAGCUGGUG